UGUUGCAGAAGUAUAAUCUACUGCAGUGUCUCUACUCUGUUUUCGUCUUCACGGAAAUGGCGUCCACCGGAUCCUCCAGGAGUAUUUAUCUCGCUUUCCUAGCGCUCCUCCUUUGUCAAGCUCUUAUUCCUCCAGCCCUUGCUGACAGAUCUCUUGCUGAAGGCCAGCAUCCUGUGGAAGAGCCUACGAGCGUUGCAGAUUUGAUCACUAGGAAACUAGGGACGUUCCGGAGAUGGUACGGAGGAGGAGGGUGUGACCGGUGCGGUGGAGGAUACAACAACGGCCCAGGCUAUGGAUGGGGAAAUGGACCAGGGUAUGGCAAUGGGCCUUAUCAUCGGGGAGGAGGAGGAGGUGGUGGUGGGGGUGGAGGCGGCGGGGGUGGUGGCGGUGGCGGUGGCGGUGGUGGCCGCAAACUGUGAUCGAUCUUCGUUAUCCGACAAGAGGGUCCAUCUAGUAUGGAUCACACAUAGCAGGCGAAAACAGUGGAUAUCAGUACGUAUCAUGAGUCCCGCAUGCUGACAUUCAGGGACUGCAAGGCACAAAUGCAAUGAAACUUCCAUGGAAGCGACGUCUGUGGAAAGAGAAUCUAUACGUGCGGUGGUCUGGUGUGAAUAUCGUCUUGUCUAGCCUCAGGCUGUCGAUGGGUUCACUGAACGCAGACCUGGAAUUGGUUGAAGUCACAUAUUUAGUGAAAAGUCGCCCCCAAGUUAAUAAUAUGAUGCAAUAUAAUGGUUUCCAUCUUAUAUUUCCCGGUUGGAAUAAAAAAAGUUUUUUCUUCUGUAA